UAAAUACAUAUCCACCUUCACUACACACCUCGCCGAACGCAACUCGCACAAGACCCCAAAGGGACGAUAAAGUUGGAAACGUAGUCCAAGAAACAUCAAGAUGAAAGCGACCCCAUUUGCUCCUUCUCCUUCUUGUUUCACCGCCACCACCUCGUUCUCUCCGUUGAUUUUCCGGGAAUAUCUCGCCCAAAGAUGUCCUGCAGUGCCGGUUUCGAUCACGAGUCGGCAGAGUCGGAUGGAUGGCUUCAAUCCCAGGAGUUCAAACACCGCUUGUCCCAAGGCAACCUUGCGAAGUGACUUGGACGCAGCUGGAAUUCCGGCUUCGGUGCCGGUGCGGGUAGCGCACGAGCUCCUUCUAGCCGGACACCGUUAUUUAGAUGUCAGGACUCCUGAAGAAUUCAGUGCCGGUCAUGCAUCUGGAGCUAUUAACAUCCCUUACAUGUACAGAGUCGGAUCAGGGAUGACAAAGAACGCGAGCUUCAUCAAGGAAGUCUUGACAAAUUUUAGAAAGGAUGAUGAAAUUAUCAUCGGAUGCCAGAGUGGGAAACGAUCAAUGAUGGCCGCAAAAGAUCUACUAGCUGCAGGUUUUAGCGCUGUGACAGACAUAGCCGGUGGCUAUGCCACUUGGACACAAAAUGGACUCCCCACAAACCUGUGAAUGCGCUUGCAUCUACUUAAAGAUGAGGCGUGAGGGCGAUUGGAUUUCGCCAUUGAAGAAGCAGAGUAGGCUCUGCAUCAGCUUAGAUCUCAUCGAUGGCAGAAGAUGGCACGCACAUCAUCAAUGUGCUAGAGAUAUUGAUCAUUCCAAUGUCUGAAGCACACUCAUAUAAGCAUGGGCAAUGAACAAUGUAACUUGAGUUCCCAUUGUACAGGAAUAACUCUUGGAUUACAAGAGACUCUACAUGAA